AUGAGAGCGCGUCUCUCUGGUGACUCAUCGGGCCAGCAGGAGCUCUCGGAGCACGUGGUGGCCACCAACGUGCUCCCCAACGGGGACUGGACCUACCUGCUGCUGGUGCUGCUGGAAACGCCGCCCCGGCGCGGGCUCAGCUACAGCUGCCAGGUGGAGCACGUCAGCCUGGAGCAGCCCCUGAGGCGGCACUGGGAGAUGCCGUCGGACCCCGCCCGCAUCAAGAUAUUGAUGGGGAUUGGGGGCUUCGUCUUGGGCUCGGUCUUCCUGGCGCUGGGGCUCGGCUUCUCCCUGCGCAAGAAGCUCAUCUGGCUGUGA